ACAAGGGACGCUGCUCAGGAGGACAAAACAAUCCGCCGCGCAUCGUUAUCCUGAACCGGCACAGUUGUUUGUAUCGACGUGAAGCCCCUUUUUUACCCAUAUAUAUUAUAGGUUCAAGUGCGGGAUACGCUGAAAAAAUACCCAGAGUAACCUUGCUGUGUCAGCUUGGUGAAUGAUUUUAGGAGCCCUCACCCUGACGGAGUUUCAGCUGAAUAACGCCAUUAAGAUUGGCCAGCAUACCCUCAUCAACGACAGAUAAACGUUGCACGCCGGACAAGUAUCUGUUGGAUUAAAAGAGGGUAUUUUUGAUCAAGCAAACCUAUUAGAGGAUAGACUUCUUUGCUUUCAACCACCAUCGACCAUGUUCAGCUGGCUUGGAACAGAUGAUAGGAGGAAGAAAGAGCCAGAGGUUUUUCAGACUGUCAGCGAUGGACUAAAGAAACUUUAUAAAACCAAACUUCUGCCAUUGGAGGAGAGCUACAAGUUCCACGAGUUUCAUUCUCCAGCCCUGGAGGAUGCUGACUUUGACAACAAGCCGAUGGUGCUACUUGUGGGGCAAUACUCCACAGGCAAGACGAGUUUCAUACGCUACCUUUUGGAGCAGGAUUUUCCCGGCAUGCGGAUCGGUCCUGAACCCACCACUGACUCAUUUAUUGCUGUGAUGCACGGUGACACAGAAGGCAUUGUGCCCGGCAAUGCUUUGGUGGUCGACCCCAAGAAGCCCUUCAGAAAACUCAACGCAUUUGGAAACGCCUUCUUGAACAGGUUUGUGUGUGCCCAGCUGCCUAACCCAGUGUUGGAAAGCAUCAGUGUGAUUGACACACCUGGAAUUCUAUCAGGAGAGAAACAGAGAAUAAGUAGAGGCUAUGACUUUGCAGCUGUUUUGGAGUGGUUUGCAGAGAGAGUGGAUAGGAUCAUACUGUUGUUCGACGCACAUAAGCUGGACAUCUCAGAUGAGUUUUCAGAGGUGAUCAAGGCUUUGAAAAACCACGAAGACAAGAUCAGGGUUGUGCUAAACAAGGCUGACCAGAUAGAGACCCAGCAGUUGAUGAGGGUAUAUGGUGCCCUGAUGUGGUCGCUGGGGAAAAUAGUCAACACACCUGAGGUGAUCCGUGUGUACAUCGGAUCAUUUUGGUCCCACCCUCUGCUGAUUCCAGACAACAGGAAGUUGUUUGAAGCUGAGGAGCAGGACCUGUUUAAGGACAUACAGUCUUUACCGAGGAACGCAGCGCUGAGGAAGCUCAAUGAUCUGAUCAAGAGGGCAAGACUAGCCAAGGUUCAUGCGUACAUCAUCAGCGCCUUGAAAAAGGAGAUGCCAUCUGUGUUUGGGAAGGAAAACAAGAAGAAAGAACUCAUUGCCAGCCUGGGAGAGAUUUACAGCCGUAUAGAGAGGGAGCAUCAGAUAUCACCUGGAGAUUUUCCCAAUCUGAAGAAGAUGCAGGACCAGCUUCAAGCCCAGGAUCUCAACAAGUUUCAGCCUCUCAAACUCAAACUCCUUGAGGCAGUCGAUGACAUGCUCGCCCACGACAUCGCCAGCCUGAUGAUCCUCGUCCGUCAAGAGGAAACCCAGCGCCCAAAUCCCGUUGUGAAGGGCGGUGCUUUCGACGGCACCUUGGACGGCCCGUUCGGCCAUGGGUACGGCGAAGGGGCCGGCGAGGGCAUCGACGAGGCUGAAUGGGUCGUCUCACGCGACAAACCGGCAUAUGAUGAGAUUUUCUACACAUUGUCCCCCGUCAACGGGAAGGUGACGGGAGCCAACGCCAAGAAGGAGAUGGUGAAGUCCAAACUGCCAAAUACAGUGUUGGGAAAGAUCUGGAAACUUGCCGAUAUUGAUAAGGAUGGGAUGCUUGAUGAUGAGGAGUUUGCGUUGGCCAACCACCUGAUCAAGGUGAAACUGGAAGGACAUGAACUACCCUCGGAGUUACCACCACACCUGGUGCCCCCCUCCAAAAGGAAAAUAAAUGAAUAAAUGUAAGAUUAGCAAAUCCACCACACUGCACACCCCCAAGAGAAAACUCCUCUUUUCUAAGAGGAAACUACUAGACAAAACCAAUAGUAUUAGAGCAAAGCAACAAGAAAAAUAAACGUUUCUAAAAUGACAAUGAAAACAGAGUACACCACUCAAAGAUAAUCACCCCAGGAAAAAAAAAUCUCUAUCCUGCUAUCACUUUUCACACCCACACUUGCAGAGAGAGGAAAUUACUCAGAGAGGAAAAUAUGAAUGAGAUAUUCAAAUUUACUGUACGUCAAGUUGAAAUCAACUCAAAGCCAGUAUCGCCAACUGUCAGGAUCUCUUUACACACACACACAGGUUGCGAAAUUUUGUGCUUUGCGAAUAAAGAUCUACUUCAACUUUAGUUCAAAUUUUCAGAGAAUCUGAGCUGUUUUCAAUGUGGCAUCUUCUGAUUAAACUUGGAUCCAAAUGCCCACGUCAUCACUACAUUUACACAUUUUUAGUGGUUUGAAAUGGCCUUUUUACGGGACAUCUGAUGAGUCCCAACAUUCACGUAGGCAGCGAGAAGCUCAGCGCUCUCCUGUUUGUUUGGCUAAAGUGAGGAGAUGAGAGGAGUAGAUGAAUGGUAGAAUGAGUUUUGGGUGGCCAGGUUUGGGGCGAUAGGUGAGGUAAUUAAUGUUAAAAAAAAUCUAACACAAACUAUAGAAUGCAGAGAAAUUAGCAGCUAAUUCUUAUCGCUGAAAGAAAAUGAAACAUGGAGAGGCACACAAUGAGGGAAAUGCAUAGGACAAAAAGAGGAGAUGACAGCGGAGAGAAAGCAGGUACAUUUUUAAAGGAUAAUUUUGGGGAAAUUGCGAUUGGACUAUAAAAGUCCGGAUGAGAUGAUGAGACUUCAUCCAGAAUGUAUCUGGCGCAUUGAAAGGGAGCAUGUGAGGCGAAUCCACAUACGAGCAAGGCAACAUCCCAAACUGAAGCCCUUCUCCGUCAAGGUCACAGACACUCGUCUUUUGGCACCACUGAGUGUUCUGGGAUUUGUUUGAUGGAUUUGUUUCAUUGGACGGUCACAAAGUUAUCACGAUGCAUGGAUCUGGAAAAACACACAGAAAUACAGGAAGGCACAUACAGAUGGACAUGAUGGACACAGUGUGUUCUGUGGAUGGAACCAUUUUCAGAGGAUAGAAUGACGAAGGUGGAAAUGAGAUGCAUAUGUGUGGCAAAGGUGACAUUCCCAUGACAGGAAAUGUAUGUUUCCCUUUUACGUUUUGUGCCCUAAUUCAAGUAUCUACUUCGCUUUGGUAAGACUAUAAUUAUGAUUACUAUUAUUGAUUUUUACAAGACCCUUCUGAUAAUGUUGGAGAGGAUGUGACACUGACAUAAUUUCAUGAUGAAUAGUGGAGAAAAAAAAACAAAAACAAGACCAGUGAAAUGUGAUGAAUCUCUGAAAUGUGUAUUACGUGUGACUUUUAUAUGAAGGCAUAUUAUCCAUAUUGUUUGGGAAUAUGACUGUGCUGAUAAGUAACGUGCAGACAUUCAUGGUUCUACGUGGACACGUAAUUAAGAUGAAUAGUGUGUGUGUACAUUCGUCAUCUACUACUGUUAUUUGGUGUGACAUUAUAUGCAUAUUGUUGUGUUGAUAAGUCCAAGUAUUAUCUAUGCUACUGAACUGGAGUAUUAGUCAUUAAAUUACAUCACUGAUUUCAAUUUAAACCGAUAAUGCACAAUACGGUAACAGUCCUACUAAAAUGCACCCUUGCUAACUCGACUGACCAUAGAGUAAAUAUACAGUUUGUCUUACUUGCAAACUUUAUGAUGAUAAUAAAUCACUAACGCCAAACA